GUAUAGCACAUGGUUUCCACACUACUUUUAUGAUAAAAAUAAUUAUAAUCCGUGUUAGAGCCGAUUCUUUAUUAAAAUCACCAUGACUGACGUACCAGAUUUAAGUAGCGAUGAAGAGCAGUUCGAAGAAGAUGAAUGGCAGGAGAUGGAAACGAGCGGCGCUUCGGUAACUUGUUUAUAUUGUGCCAAUGUUUCUACAUCCAUAGAAGACGCCGUAAAACACUGCGAGAGUGCACAUAACUUCAAUUUAAACACAUUGAAAGCAAAAUUUAACAUGGACUGCUAUUCUUACAUCAAGUUAAUUAACUAUAUCAAGACGCACAAGCCGACAGCUGAUGCCGUAAUGAAUGCGACCAUAGCUUUGUGGGACGACGAGAAAUAUCUAAAACCGGUGGACAACGACGAAUGGUUGAUGUUUGACUUCGAAUCGCUGGCCGAUGCGCCUAGUUCUCCCCAAUCCUACCACGCGAACGUCGAAAACGGCUUAGUCACACUAACGCAAAGCCAUUUCCUAGAGCUUCAAAAAACAAUACAAGUUCUGACUCAACAACUCAACGAAAGCAAAACCCAUUUGCAAAUGGCUAAAGAAGACAUCGGCAAGAUGCAGGCAUCAAUGAAAACCAUUGUGGAUGUGGGCUCAACUAAUUCUAACGGAGAAAGCGCUAUGAUUGUUGACUGUGUUUCUAAAGUGCCUUUGGAAGAUGACGAAGGUUAUUUCAACACUUAUGCACACUUCGGUAUUCACUAUGAUAUGCUCUCAGAUAAAGUACGAACUGAAAGCUAUAGAGAUGCAAUAUUAAACAAUAAAGAAACAUUGAAGGAUAAAAUUGUUCUUGACUUGGGAUGCGGCACGGGUAUUCUCUCUAUGUUUUCAGCGUCAGCCGGUGCUAAGAAAGUGUAUGCAUUAGAUCAAUCCGAAGUUGUGUAUCAUGCGAUGGAUAUUAUAAGAGAAAAUAAUUUACAUGAAACAAUAAAAGUAGUGAAAGGAAGAUUGGAGAACACAAAGCUCGAUGAAAAGGUUGAUAUAAUUGUUUCUGAAUGGAUGGGUUAUUUCCUGCUUUUCGAAGGCAUGUUAGAUAGUGUUAUAUAUGCAAGAGAUAACUGCCUUAAACCUGGAGGUUUAUUAUUACCUAACAGAUGCAACAUUAGUCUUGUAGCCAACGGAGAUGUGGACACACAUAAAAAGUUGAUAGAUUUCUGGUCAGAUGUGUAUGGAUAUAAAAUGAAUUGUAUGAAGUCUGAAGUAGUCCGGGAAGCAAGCGUUGAUGUUGUUGGAUCUAAAAACAUUUUAUCAGAGCCAUGUGUGGUCAAAGAUAUUGAUAUAAACACAUGUGUUACAGAUGUCAUGGAUUUCACCUCAACAUUUAAACUUCCAAUCACAAAGGAUGGGUCAUUGACGUCUCUUGUCGGUUAUUUUGAUACUUUCUUUGAUCUUCCCAGUAAAGUUUCAUUUUCUACCGGCCCACAUACGACAGCCACACAUUGGAAACAAACAGUCUUCUAUUUUAGAGAUUGUAAAGAAGUUAAACAAGGAGACGUUAUUGAAGGCACAAUUAUUUGUAAUCGGCAAAAAACUGAUGUCAGAGCUUUGUCUGUACAAAUUGAUAUAUUUGGUAAAACCCAUAAGUAUAUUUUAAGCUAGACCGUUUAAUUUGUUAUAGAUAUAACAAUGACAGCAUACCGUUUACUUUUAAGCAUAAAAUGUUUAUUAGGGAGCGUUCAAGUAUUA